AUGCGGCUUUUACCACAAGUUAGCUUGGACAAGACUGAGCGAGAGGUGAAAUACUUCUUUAGCUCAUUUUUGCCCAUGAACACUUUCUCGUAUGGUAACUUGCUAGUGCAAAGGGAGCUGCAAGGCAUAAUGCACUCCUCGAACGCUUUGAGAGAUGCUCUUUGCGCAAUAGCGUCUCUACACAGAUUCCAGCAGAUUCGAUGUUCAGGAUCAGGGGUUGAGGAUGGGAACUGGUACCGGAGUGCAAUGCUGCUUUAUGUUGGAUCGGUUCGCUGUGUUCAAGCCCAAAUUACCCAGAACAAAUUUGCAGACGAUCCUUCCACUCUCUGGACGACGUUCCUUCUUGGCCUUUUCGAGUUGAUGUGCGACGCCAGCGGAACCAAUUGGCUCUCGCACUUCUUGCACGGAACUUGCACGAUUCUACGUCUUCAACAUCCUUCCUGCCUUGCUCUUGCAGACGAAAAAAGUACGCGAAAGCGUACCUUCUUCCUCUCUGCUCGCAUAUUCGAGAUAUCAAGGGCCUUGAUCUACUCUGAGCCUACCUUCUUAAGUGAGCCUGCAUGGACUAGCGCACUAGCAGAUCUUUGGAGCGGCGAAGGAGCCGCUUUUUGGCACCCCAAGGAAGCACUCUUCGAUAUGCUGCCUAGCUUUUCCGAAUUGAGUAUACGCGCAAUCAAGUUCUGCGCAUCAGAAGCAGAGCAUCUAUCGGAAAAAGUGCAGACUGAACAAGCGCAGUACCUGGCCGCUGAAGGCUUGCUACUUCAACAAUCUUUGCAUGAAUGGUGGGAUGGCAGCAACGCAUGGCAGUCUGCAUCAGGUGCAUUGGACACAGAGCUUCUUGUCGCCCACGUGUACUAUCAUGCCGUCAGCAUCUACCUCUCAGGUACUUAUGACUAUCAUGUGCACUGGACCAAGCCUACGGCGCCACGUGCGCCGAUUUUACCUCGUACUCAGAUCGAGUGGCACACACACGAAAUCCUUCGGUUGAGUCGUGAGUUGUUGGUCACUGGAAUUGCAGGGGUGCUGCUGUUCUUCCCUUUGAGGGUCGCAGGAGCGCGUGUUCGGACUACCUGUGAUAUGAAGGAAAUCUUGACCUUGUUCCAUAUUGUGUUGCAACGUGGCUUUCUGACGGGAACGUCGACGCCGCCGCCCACGCAUUGCACCUCCACAACCACUACCCACUUCGUCACAAUGGCUCUCGGACCUUCUGACAUCCACGCAAAGACCAAGACCACAUGGCACAUCGGUUCAUGGGGUAACCCCUACGAGGGCGGUGGCCGUCCCGGAAAGGGCGUCGUCACCUACGCACUGAGCCCCAACCGUCAGCGCCCCAUGGCCACCUUCAUCGGCAAGGGCUUCUGGAACGUCGUGCGCCGCUCGAGGAACCAGGUCCUCUACUUCAUCCCACCUCUGGCCAUCGCAUACGGCACCAUGCAGUGGGCUAUCGAGAAGAACGAGUUCCUCAACUCCAAGACUGGCCGCGCCCUGUACGGCGACGAGGAGUAA